UUAACGCGUACCAUCAUGAGCGACUCGAUACCACCCUCGUUGCCAGAACCCGCUCCCGAGAACUGGAUUGAACUUUCGUUUUCGUGGGCCGGGAAACCCUUCAGCCUUAGCCUUGCCGAAUCGGACAGAGUAUUCGACUUCAAGGCUGCGCUCCAGAACCUGACCCGCGUUCCUCCGGAGCGCCAAAAGAUCCUUGGUCUUGUAAAGGGCAACAAAACGCUUGCAGACCAAGAACGAAUCGGGGAUUUGAAAUUGAACAAAAAGUUCACUCUCAUUGGCACUCCAGAGGGCGAUGAAAUCAAAGGUGCGACGCGUCAUUAUACCUUUGUGGCCUUCGUACCGAUCACAAUUGUGCAGACCCAUCCAGCAGAACUCGAAAACUUGCCCGACAUUGUAAACGACUUCGACUUGGAUUUGGCGCGUGAUCCCGUUGCAAGUGCUGCAUACGCCAACGACCAGCGAAAUCAACGCAAAGUGAAGGAAGCCACCUCUGCGUUGAAAGUCAAUAUCAUCCAUCCUUUGCGGGAGAAGAAGAAGUUGCUUGUCCUUGACAUUGAUUAUACAAUACUGGAUACCAAGCCGCUGACCACAGGCAGUUUACCUCCCGCAGAAUGUGCUCGACCGCGCCUCCACGAGUUUCUUGAGGCGAUAUACCCAUACUAUGAUAUAUGUAUCUGGUCACAAACAAGCUGGAUCUGGCUAGAAACGAAACUUGUCGAACUAGAAAUGGUAGGAGCUCACCGAAACUACCAGAUAUCUUUCGUGCUCGACAAGACGCCCAUGUUCACCGUAUUCAGUACACGCGACAACAAGCCCUGGCAACACUCAGUCAAGGCGCUGCAAAUCAUUUGGAACCACUUCCCGCAAUUCAACGCAUCCAAUACCAUUCACGUUGACGACUUAAGUCGCAAUUUUGCCCUCAACCCCGGCCAAGGACUGAAGAUCUCUGCCUUCAAAGGCGCCGCAACUCCACAGGCAACGGCAGAUCGGGAGCUCGACAAGCUAGCUCGAUAUAUGGUGCAUAUUGCCAAUGUAGAUGACUUCAGAACGCUGCACCACGAGAACUGGAAGACUGUCCUCCGGGGUCUGCCAGAAUCAUAA